AUGGCUCUAGUCAAGUUCACCACUUUCAGCCUGGCUUUUGCCGUGGCCGCGCUACUUCAUAUAGUCUACAGGAUAUCUAGAAUUGGCAUGCGUCCCAAGGGCUAUCCUCCAGGGUCAGGACGUAUGGUAUCUGACCUAUUUGAGAAACGAGGAGGAAACUAUUCAUCCAGAUGGCACUCGACAUUUCGUGAGUUUGGAAAUGAGUAUCAUGUUGCAACACACCCAUACGACCAAGUUUGGAGACGCCAGCGACGACUGUACACUACCCACGUCAGCGGUAAUCAGGCUAACAAAUACCUACCCUAUCAGUCGUUUGAGAGCUUGUAUCUCCUGCGUGAUCUGAUCAAGGACCCCGAGGAGUUCCGUGACCAUCUGGAGCGUUACACAAUCAGCAUUGCCUGCACCAUUGCAUACGGGCGUCGCUGUGGGUCUGUAAAGGUUGGACCAGGGAGGAUUCUACUCGACUGGUUUAUGGGCAAUAUUCACGCAGUUGCCAACACUAAGAUUGCUGACUGGUUCCCCAUCUUCCGCCCCCUGUUCCACAUAGUACCGAGCAAUACAAAGACCCGGCUUUUGGAACUGAACAAACUCGAGUCUGACUUGUGGAGCGACAUGUGGAACGGGGUUGCCGAGAAAAUGAAGCAGGGCCUCAACUAUCCCAGUAUGUGUCGCGACUCGAUCCUGGACUGGGAACAGGAGCGGAAGGCGAGCAACGUUGCGGUUGAUAUCAGAGAACCUAUGUUCAAUGUCGGCCAUGCGUGGGCGGCGGCAACCGACACUCAAGCAAACACAUUGGCCGCAUUCGUCAAGGCAAUGGUCCUGUUUCCAGACGUGCAAGCCAAGGCUCGUGAAGAAGUCGACCGCAUCGUUGGCGACUCUCGCCUGCCGGAGUGGAAAGACCGCCCAGAUAUGCCCAUUGUCCGCCGUUGCGUUGAAGAAACACUCCGCUGGAUGCCGACAACAUUGACGGGUGGGCCAAUGCCGCAUUGUACCAUGAAGGAAGACACGUACGAAGGGUAUACCAUUCCAGCCAAUGCUGGCCUUUAUAACUGUGUAUGGACAAUCAACAACGAUCCGGAUAUCUACACCGAUCCACGGACUUUCAACCCUUUCCGGUUCCCCGAAGAUCUUUCAGGCAGUGAGACCUUCCAUGUCUCGACAGACUACUCCAUCCGACCGCAUUUGACGUUCGGGGCCGGUCGUCGUGUCUGUCCAGGAUCCUAUGUGGCUGUUCGGACUCUGUUUAUGACCAUGGCUCGCCUACUGUGGGCUUUCGAGUUUCAUCCCAAGCUGGAUGCAUCAGGCAAACCCAUACCAAUUGAUCCCGAUGCUCUGACUCCUGGACUGGUGGUAGGACCAGCACAUUUCGAGUAA